AUGGCGGAAGUUCAAAUCCAGAAGAUAGAAGAACUCACACCAUGGGUGGAAAAGUACAGGCCAAACGUGCUGAAUGACAUAAUUUCGCACGAACAAGUCAUAUCCACAAUCCAGAAGUUUGUGGAAAAGGGAGAAUUGCCCCACUUGCUGUUACAUGGGCCCCCAGGGACAGGAAAGACAUCCACCAUUUUAGCUGUGUGCAAAGAACUGUAUGGUGAGUCACGAGGAUCCUUUGUAUUAGAAUUAAACGCAUCUGACGAUAGAGGAAUAAGUGUAGUUCGAGAUCAAAUAAAAACAUUUGCAGAAUCGAAAAAUCAUUACAAUACGUGCGAAAAGACUUCGCUAAAAUUAAUCAUUUUGGAUGAAGCAGAUCAUAUGACCUACCCCGCACAAAAUGCCAUGAGAAGAAUCAUGGAAAACUAUGCUAAGAAUGUCCGCUUCUGCUUAUUAUGUAAUUAUGUAAAUAAGAUAACCCCAGCAAUUCAAUCGAGGUGUACCUCAUUCAGAUUUUCUCCCCUCAAGAAAGAAAAUAUGGUUAAUAAAGCCCUAGAUAUUGCCAAAUCAGAAAAUGUGGAUCUCACGAAGGAUGGAUUGGAGAGUCUCAUACAUGUUGGACGAGGAGACAUGAGAAGAAUUUUAAAUUGUUUACAAGUCGUUUCAUUGAGUCAUAAAAAUAUGACCAUUGAUCAGAACGUUAUUUUGUCAACGUUAGACAUACCUUUACCGCAAGAGGUUAAAGACAUAUUAGGACAUUUAACUAAAAGUACCAUCAAAGAAUCGUACGAAUUUGUUACCAAAUUACAGAGCACUAAGGGAUACUCAAUAAAGGAUAUUAUGGUGAAUCUCUAUGAAUCCAUUUUAACUUAUGAUUUUCCUGACUCUGCCGUGUGCCUGUUACUUAAAAAUUUUGGUGAAAUCGAGGAAAGGUGUUCCUCUGGGGCUAACGAACAAAUCACUCUGUCCGCCUUAAUCAGCGCGUUCAUAGAAUUCAGAACUGAGCUCUUUAGAAUGAAGUACGACAUGAAUAAUAUAUAA